GUCCGGACUUUUUCUGCUCAGGGUUUGAAGUUGUUCAAAGGAACCAAGUAAGGCCCGAAUGAUAACAGGGUACCAUGAACUCUGUUUAACUAAGAAUAGCUAGCCUUGGUGCGACACGAGGGAUGGGCCUCCCUUCGGCCUCCAGAUAAAUCCACCGUCACGAAGAAGAGUCUUCCUUAACAUCCACCAUGGCUAGUUCUCUUGACGCUCCAACGCCGGUUCGCCCUCUCUAUAUAUCUGGUGUCAGCGUUGAUUUCAGCAACUCGAAAAAGAAUGUGGAGUCUGUUGAAGUACGGAAUUCGCCCACCCCAAUCAAAAGUGGGGCAGAAAAAGGUCUUACGACAGACGUUCUCUCCACCCAUGAAGCUUUCUCGUGGGGAUACAUUUUCCUUGCAUGUGCGGUCCACGAAAUGGCUUGGGAUGAAGACAAAGCAUGAAGACAUUACUUUCGAACCGGAAGACAUGUUCCGCGAGUGUAGUACAGGAGAAAGACGAGAAUAUAACAAGGUCCAUAAAAACAUCACGAUCGUCGUCGAACUUUCCGGGAAUCCAACAGCCGAAUCUGAGCAACUUGUCUCUUCUUCCGACGAAACCACGGAGCUCCGGCCUACCACCGACGAAAUAUUUCGGAAGUGUCCUCAGUUCCGAAUUCUAGUUAUAGGAAAGACUGGCGUUGGCAAGUCUUCGCUGAUCAACCACGCAUUUGGAGUGCAAAACGCGACCGCUUCACACGAUAAGCCAGGCGAGGUCAACAUCGACUACGAGUUUAUCUCACCACAGAACAACAAGUUUGUUCUUCACGAUAGCAAGGGUUUUGAACCAGGGGAAGAAGACAACCUCAAAAUAGUCCAAGAUUUCAUUAACCGUCGGGAAGUGAUGCCUGAUUUGAAAAAUCAGCUGCACGCCGUUUGGCUUUGCUUUGAAAUACCCUGUACAGGCGGGCGUUUAUUAGAGACCGGCGUGGAGCAAUUUCUCACAUCGAAGCGCGAGGGAAAGCUGGGAAAUAUUCCCAUUAUUACCGUUCUCACUAAAUACGACACCCUCCUCGUCCACGUAGAGCGAACUAUGGACAAGUCCUCUUUCGAGGGUUUGAGCGAGGAGGCCAUCAAGGAACUCAUCAAGAAUAGCGCAGAAGACAAGAUACAGGAAGUCUGCAUCGCACCCCUAGAGAAAUUUGCAAAAUCGGAUAUCCCGCAUGUUACGGUCUCCACAAAUGGAAACCAUAAAGAGACGCUGGCCCGUUUGAUCCAAACCACUGAAGAACUCGUUUGCAAGCAUGUUGGGGCCGACGCGUCGGUCAUGACGUCCGUCGCUCAGCGAGUGGAUCCUGGACUCAACAUAAAGGCAUCUAUAGAGGUUGGCAAGAGAAAAUACUGGAAGGCGCUUGCAUCAAGCGUACCAUUCAAGAAGCAUUCGAUGUGGGACUGUCUGCACGUGCUUCACACCGACAUCGUCAAUGUGUGGAACUUCCGAGACCCUAAUGAUUAUUUAUGCAGCCCAGAGUUCAGGACACUGAUGACGAACAUGGUCGAUGAGCUAGACGUUGGACCUACUGCCAAUCCCAACAAGAACCUUGCAUUUGGGCUCACUAUUGUGGGUGCCAUUGCGGGUAUCGUAUCUGCCCUGUCCGGACCUGCAGCCCCCAUCGUAGUGCCGAUAGCGGCAGGCGUUGUGGUCGCAAGUUGGGUCUACGAGGUGUAUCAGGAGGCCCGUCCGGCGCUCCAGCGCUUCAUGAAAUACAUCAUCGACUUGACUCUUGUGUUGCAGACGCUGUAUCUCCUGUCGGAAAACCAGGAACUGUCUCGUAGAGCCAUCAAGCUUGCAGUCAAGUCCUACCACGAGUCACGAAUGAGUGGAAAAGUCCAUAAUCGGAUUCAGGAGUACAACAAGCAAUUAACCUUCCGACAACGCGCAAACCGCGAUUCGUUGGAUCAAUUUGUUGAGCUACUACAAUCAUACAACAUCAGCGCAGAAGAAAUAUCAGAUCUUCGGGGAAGUUUGCCUGCUGUGGAUUUAUCGUCGGAUGAACCAUGGAUCACGGACGAGAAGUCCUAGCACUUGAUUCCUUCUUUCGUGUAUGAUUUUGUGUUUGCUGGUGUGCCUGACUGCUGAAGUACCCACGGGAUUGUGACAAGUCCUCACUCGUACUAUGUAAU